GUCCAGCGUAGAAAGAGAGUGUGUGUGUGAGAAUGGAAGAACCUCUUCUGGCAGGUCAAUUGGAAGAAGGUGAUGAGGUCGGAGGGAAAGAGAAGGAGAAAUGGAUUUCAUAUCAAUACCUGGGAAGAACUGGUUCCGUACUCCCGUAUCCGUACUUGGCGGGAGCGGAAGUAAGCAUCGAAGAAAUUCGAUCGGCGGUAUCUUCUGAUCACUACCCUCCUUCCAUCCACGCCCCUUUGAUUAGUUCGCCGGAACCCGAUCCAAAUGAUCAAGUUAUUGUUUAUCAGGGUGGUGGAUAUGGAGGAGGUCUUGGUGGAUAUGCUUUAAACGAAGGUCAGAGGCAAAUCUUGGAUGAGGUGGAGAUACGGGAGUUACUCAUUGAUCAUGUAGGCCACCGUUGCUGUUGGGGAAGUCGUCCAGCUCGGACCUGGAAGAUAAGGGCAGUGGAAGACUGCAAUGUCUAUAUUGGGACUCUAGAAACUUUUAUUGAGGAGAGAGAAAUCACAAGAGAGAUGGAGCCUUAUCUUGGUGGAAAAAUUGAUGGAAAGGAUAAUGGCCCUGAACUUGGACUAUGGGAAUUGGAUCUGAGGUCUGAAUUCCCUCUUCUAUUUGUCCAACACAAAGAAACACGGGCUACAAUCCCUCAUUCGGAAGCUAUUGAGAAAUGCUCAGAUUGUGGGGGACGAGGAGAAAUUCCAUGUCCGACGUGUAAUGCUGAUUCUGAACCAGGAUGUUACAAGAAAGAUCAGAUGACUAAGUGCCCUGUAUGUUAUGGCAGAGGUCUGCUUGCUCACAAAGAUGGCUCUGACACAAUAUGCGUGAAAUGCAAUGGUAAGGGAAUGCUUCCUUGUGUGACAUGUGGAUCUCGUGGACUAUUGAAAUGUGAAACAUGUAGAGGUGGAGGAUCUAUGCAUACACGCAACAUUGCCAUCGUCAAAUGGAAGACGCUCAUGACCCGAAAAGUAAGUGCUACAAGUGGAGCAGCCUCAGUUCCAGAUGAGGUCUUCCACAGAGCCAGAGGGGUCCAGCUGUGCAACACACAAGCAUACCAAUGUACACCUGCCUUCUUUGCUGACUCUUACUUCCUUAACAAGUUCUCCUCGGAAGUUAUUGCUGAUAGGUCUCCUGUUCCUCCCACUGCGAGGGUAAUAUGUGAGAGGCAUUCCAUCUCUGUUGUGCCUGUCACACGUGUUACCAUGGGUCAUCGUAAUCGCUCUUUUAGUUUCUAUAUAGUUGGACUCAGCAGAGAUGUGUAUCUGAAGGAUUACUAUCCUUCCAGGUUUUGUUGGGGACUCUGUCCUUGCCUGGAAUGGUUGAGGCUAUAGUCAAGUAGAUCAGAUAUCCAUAAGUGAUGAUCCUGAAAACUACCAUGUUUAUCAGUCUUGUAAAUGCCAGCUUUGGGGGGGGGGGGGGUUUGGGAUCUGGCAGUACUUUCUCUUGUUUGUCUUGUUUCUGUUAUAUUCUUAUGGUAUUUUAAUAUUUUUUGCUUCCCAUAUCUUCAUAAACUGCAGCUUGAGUGAGGUGUAUAUUGUAAUAGGUUCUGUUUCAGUGUUGCCUUUGUUGCUGUAUUUUUUCCUAUAUGGGACUCCCAGUUUCUGUCAGCUGAAAGAUGUUCAUUUUUCUCACAUCCA